CCAAGAAGCUUGCAGCAUCCUCAGUGGUAGCACCUUUCUGUUUGUUGGGGAUUCUCUGGUUCGUCAUGUAUAUACUGCUAUGGUGCUGCUUGUUACGGGGAAUAUGAAAGAUGGAGCCAUGAAUGAAAAUGUACCACAGAAUGUUAAAAAGGUGUGUAGCGGAAUGUAUAUGUUCACAGAAAAAUUGUGCCGACUGCAUCUGAAGUAUCAGCUUCGUGCCUGCAAUGGCACAGCUAACCUGGAACUGAAGUACUUCUUCUCUGCAACAUUCGGCCCGCACUUGAAACAAAGAGUCGCAAAUAUAAAUAGCAAGUCAUUACUUUUCGUAGGUAUAGGUCCACACAAUUUUUUUAACCAUAAAGAAGUUCAAGAGAAGUUUCUGUUACCAACACUGUCCUACAUGCGCAACAAUACGAGACCUUGGCCAAAAGUACUGUGGGCAGCGAGUCAUGCUCCGGGUGCGUUGAAGUCCCCGAAAGUAUUGGCCCAGUCGUACGACAGCGUUAAACGCUACAAUGGCAACAUGGAGAGUUUCCUGCGAGCUUGGAAAGUUCCUAUUUUCGAUACCUUUAACAUGACGGAUGGAAUGACGAGCUUUGAUGGUUCGCAUUAUGGACUUGGGAUGAAUGUAGUGAAAGCGAAUGUAAUAUUGAGUUACCUAAAUGAAUUGAAAAAUAAAGGAUUGUGGUGAAA